AUGUUUAUUGAUUUUGCUUGCGAGAAUUUUUCGCUUGCUGACGAUUUUUGCCAACAAAGGUAUUAUCACACCCCUCGAGGGAAAAUAGAGAUGGUGGACUACUAUAGAAUACUUUGUGUUUCUCGGAGUGCUACUGAUGCAGAAAUUAAGAAAGCUUACAGAAAAUUGGCAUUAAAAUGGCAUCCUGAUAAGAAUCCAGACAAUGCAGAUGAAGCUAACCGACGGUUUAAAGAAAUUUCAGAAGCCUAUGAAGUUCUAUCUGAUGAAACCAAGAGGAAAUUGUAUGAUGCACGGGGAUCCAGUCACCACAGUCACAGAUAUCAAAGCAAGAAUGGAGUUAAUGGCCAUCGGCACUUUAGCUUCAAAGGUUUUUUUGGAGACACACCAUUCCACCGUUUUUUUGAGAGGAAGCGUCGUGUGUACGAUCAAUAUGGCAAGGAAGGACUGAACAGUAGCAGGGGGCGACAUACCGCAUCUGACGAGGACUACGACUUCGGCUAUCACAGCUUCCCCUUUACAUUCCGAGAUCCGGAGGAGGUGUUCAGAGAAUUCUUCGGUGGCUCUCCGUUUGGCGAAUUAUUUGCUGAUAUAAACGGGCACGGGCACCGCCACCGCCGCAGCCACCACCCGGGCACCUCGCUGACGUCGUCGCUGUUCAGUCCCUUCGGCUUCGGCAUGCAGGGGCUAGACGACAUCUUCGCGCACGCAGCCACCAACGGCAACAGCUUCACGUCCUUCUCCACCUUCAACAGCUCGAUGGCCGGCCCCGGCAGCGCGAACAUGCGCAGCACGACCACCACCACCCGUGUCGUUAAUGGGAAGAAGAUUACUACGAAAAAGGUGAUGGAGAAUGGGCGCGAGACGGUGAUGUCGUACGAGAACGGGGUACUGAAGUCCAAGACCGUUAACGGCGUGCCGCAGUCGCUCACCUACAGC